AAAACUCUGCACUCGAACUACCGAAGUGGCUGACGGCAAUGGCAACAAACUCAACGUUUCAGCUGUUCUCGUCAUCGGACGACAAACCCACUUUAGGUUUAGGGUUCCUCGAUUCGUCGGAGCCGCCACUUCCUCCUCCUCCUCCCUCCAUCGAAGUAUUUUCCUCAGAGGUUUCUUCAUCCGUGAAAUUCACUGUCGACCCUGUGAACUUGGAUGGAUUAACUUUGCUGAAGGGUCGGGUGAGUACGAAGGAGGUUUUUGGAUUGCCUAACUCGGAUUUGGUCCCUGGAGUAUAUGAAGGGGGACUUAAGCUGUGGGAAGGUUCUUUGGACCUUGUUAAAGCUCUCCGCACUGAGGUUCAGAAUGGGCAGCUAUCAUUUACUAGAAAGCGAGUCUUAGAGCUUGGAUGUGGUCAUGGACUUCCUGGUAUAUUUGCAUGCCUUGAGGGUGCAGCUAUUAUGCAUUUCCAGGACUUCAAUGCAGAGGUCCUUAAAUGUCUGACCAUCCCAAAUGUUAAUGUGAAUCUUUUGAAGAAGCCUCAGCAUUCAGAAACUGAUGAUGCAAAUUGUGAUACCAGGCCAGAAGUGCGUUUCUUUGCUGGUGACUGGAGUCAAAUUCAUCAAAUUCUUCCUCAUGUAAACGACAGUGAAAAGGAUUUGAAUUCCUGCUCAGAAUAUGGCCAAACCGGUGGUUAUGAUAUUAUUCUAAUGGCAGAGACAAUUUACUCAAUAUCUGCUCAAAGGAAUCUCUAUGAACUUAUAAAGAAGUGCAUUAGUCGCCAGCAUGGAGUUGUCUAUUUGGCAGCAAAGAAGCAUUAUUUUGGAGUAGGUGGUGGAACACGACAGUUUCUAUCUAUGGUAGAAAAAGAUGGUGUAAUGGCAACGGGGCUAGUUGCUGAAGUUGCAGAUGGAUCUUCUAAUGUUCGAGAGGUAUGGAAGCUCUCAUUUAAGUAGAUCCAGAGUUUCUGUUUGCAAGACUACAGCAUGGAUUUUACUCGAGAUGUUGAUGCUUGGACAAUUUUCCAAAGGAUCACACAUACAACUAUUGGUACACUAUAUGCGAGACAUUGUGGAUGUAUAACAUCUUUAUUUUAAUUUAGUUGCUUAUUCCAGAUAAUCAGACAUUGGACGAGGACCAUGAAAAUAGGCACUAAUUAAUUUGUAAAUGAAUUCCUCUGUUCCUUUUGCAAGGGCUGUGGUUUUCAGCUCUUUUACAUAAAUCAGCUAGAGUUUGUCUGGAUGCCUGACACCAAUUUACAAUUCCGAUAAAUUUUCCUGUUCCGG